AUGUAUCCAGACCCGCCCUCUCCCACCGAGGAGUUGGGCGACUACGAGGGGAUAGUUCACGAGCUGAUAUGGGAGCGAUGCCCGGAAUUUGUCCCGCGCAUAUUCAACUACGGUUGCCACGACUACGACCUCAACUAUAGGGUAAAGAGGCGGAUGGAAUACCUUGAGCUCGAAUGGAUGCCGCAUGGUGAUGUUUGGGAACUCAUGAAGCAUUAUAUUGACCAUGACAAGAUUCUACCGGAGCCGUUCAUCUGGUACGUCUUUUUCGCGCUGGCAAAGGUUGCCGUCUAUUGUCUCAAUGGUCAGCUCUCAGACACAAAGGACCCGGAGUGGGACCGCAUCUGUCACCUCGACAUCAAACCGGACAAUAUCUUUCUGGGGGCGCCCAACCCGAAUGAGCCGAUGGAGUGGGCGCGCGCCUAUCCUGUUCCAAAGAUUGGAGACUGGGAUAUGGCGUACAUCACGACAGCUCUGUAUCAGGGAGAUCCAGAUGAUCCUCUCGAGUGGCCCCGAAACCCGCAGGACCUGCAAGGUACUGGUACUGUCGGGCACAUGCCACCGGAACUCCUCCCCCGUGAUCUGGAAGAACUCUACAGAAUGCAGGAAGAGACCAACGCCUUCGGGUGGCCAGAAGCCACGCUCGACCGCAUCAACAAACUCAUGCCCUGCGACCCCACCCAGCAGCCCUUCCCGCCCCCAGACGCCAAAUGCGGCAUCGACUCGUGGACGACUGUGUGGCAGAUCGGCAUGGUCAUCUGGAUAAUGCUGUCAGGCAACAACACCCCCGAUGACCUGGUCGUCGACUUCUCGGACUCGGUCAACCGCACCGGAGACUACCCGACCCGCGAGUUCCGCAUGAAGGGCCCGCUGCGCCCGGUGUACUCGGGACGCCUGGUCGAGCUGACAUACUCGUGCUUGCACGCCGAUCCGGAGGAGCGGAUCGACGUGUGGGAUCUGUUUCGCGAGGUGCGGGACGCGUGCCAAGAUGUGGGGAGGGAGUUGAAGAAGAAGAGGGGAAAGGAUAGGGAUGGGUUGCUGGUGGAUGGGCCGGUGCCGGUGAGCGUCCCGCCAGAUAAGUACCCGGUUGCUGCAGCCGUGUUGAAUGAUACGCCUCCGGUUCCGUUGAGGCCUGAGUAG